AGACGUUCCCUGCACCACAUCCAUCCACUCGAAGUAACAUCAGGUUCCGGCAUUGUACCAUGUCGCGCAACUCGACCACAGCCUUGUAUCAGGAAAUUCCUUUUCUACGAUUACGUUCUCACAUUCUCACGCGAAGUCCGGCUUAUUUGGCGUUGUCGGUUCUCAGGAGCCACAGUACUUUUCCUCUUGAACCGGUACUUGUGUCUCGUAUACCAAAUCCUCGCGAUGAUUGCGACGCUCCCGUUGGUGAAUAACCCAGCUACCAAUCACAAAGUUGUAGGCCCUCUACGAGCCACUUGUUUCAAUUCGCUGACAGCGUUCUGCUCAGGGGUGAUUCACACUAGUCAGGCAUUAUUCACGUUGAUACGUCUGGUCAUAACAGUCUUCACUUCGUUGCGCAUGUACGCGGUUUGGCGCAAGGACUGUAGGAUAUUGGCUGGCUUGUUGUUCAUAGGAUUGGUACCAUUUGGCAUGAAUAUGUUCUGGUAUACCAGGGUGAAUCCCGCCGUGGCCCCUCCCCCUCUAUUCGGCUGCGUAGUUUUCAUACACAUGUCCGAGGACACAGUAACUACGUAUGUCCUGCAGUCGAUCUUAGCUUUCACCUCCUUCGCUACUGGUUUCGACAUUCUCGGAGACGCAAUCGUCCUUCUGCUCACUUGCGUGAAGACCAUCGAGGUGAAACGUUCUUGCGCUGCUAUACGAAGACAGGCAAAAGACAGCCUGAGGGCGUGGGCACAAGAGCGUAGACCGUCCUACGUGUCAUCGAUACAACGAGAUGACCUCUCACUCCAUAUGGACGAUGGCAUGCCUGACAAAUGCGGGGUCAUCAGAUUGUCGUCGAUCCUGGUGUCUCGCUUCCUCCUCAACCUACAUAGCGUCUACCUCAGCGCCGGAACGAACGGCCAAAUCGACAGCUCAGCUGGAGAUUUGCGAAUGUCGUCUGUUGCAUUUGCUGCGCAUAACCGCAUCACUGGAAAUUUGGGUGCUCCCCUGGAUGAUAUCCUGUCCGACUCGGAGGAGCGCUAUGCGCUGGAUGAUGUGGAAGAAACUAUCUACGAUGACGUCUCAGCGGACCCGUUGGCGGCAGGAUUGCAUUCGUCCCCGGGGGAGCGAACACAAUUGCCAUGAUAUUGACGAUUCUCAAUUGCAUCAUGAACCUGCAGAUGUCUGGAGUGUGGAAGAAAGUGUCAGAGAGGGCGAACUGUAGCCGACGGUGAUCCACUUUACCUCAGCGUGGCGGGCUGUACCGACCAUCUGUAGGCGAUGCAAGUACGUGCGAAAGGGAACGAGGCGAGUAUCUCGAGACCGGAGAAGAAGCCGGGAAUGGGCGGAAAGUCAGCUAAUUUUUGAACGCACCGAGUGUACACGACCAGUGCAAUUGGCUUAUUGAAUUCUUACGGAGCAGGC